GUCAUCGAGUUGCGGCGGCGGAAGAAUCGGCGGUGUUGUGAUUGAAUGACAGGUUCAACACUGCAAUUUAUGUCAACUUUGAUCUGAUUGCCGAUAUUAAGUGAAUUAAAAUGAUUCAUGAGCUCUUGUUGGCUUUAAGUGGAUACCCUGGGACUAUAUUCACAUGGAACAAACGGACAGGUUUACAGGUCUCCCAGGACCUGCCCUUUCUCCAUCCCAGUGAAACCAGUGUCCUAAACCGCCUCUGCAAACUGGGAUCCGAUUACAUUCGCUUCACAGAGUUCAUAGAGCAACACACAGGCCAUGUCCACCAGCAGGAGCACCACUCCAUUCAGCCAAACCAGGCUGGACUUAAUGGGGUUUACCUGCGGGCUUUCUGCACAGGACUGGACUCAAUGCUACAGCCUUAUAGACAGGCUCUCCUGGACCUCGAACAAGAGUUUCUUGGCGACCCGCAUCUCUCCAUAUCUCAUGUGAAUUAUAUGCUGGAUCAGUUUCAGUUGCUGUUUCCCUCUGUUAUGGUGGUGGUGGAGACAAUAAAGUCCCAGAAGAUCCACGGUUGUCAGAUCCUGGAGACGGUGUACAAGCACAGCUGUGGAGGCCUGCCCCCUGUACGCAUGGCCCUGGAGAAGAUCCUGGCGGUGUGCCACGGGGUGAUGUACAAGCAGCUGGCUGCGUGGAUGCUGCACGGUCUGCUGCUGGACCAGAGUGAGGAGUUCUAUGUGAAGCAGGGGCCCAGCGCUGGAGGGGCCGCCGCCAACCAGGAGGAUGACGAGGAGGACCUGGGGAUCGGAGGCCUCAGCGGUAAACAGCUGAAAGAACUACAGGACCUGAGGCUGAUAGAAGAAGAGAACAUGCUGGCUCCGUCCCUGCAGCAGUUCUCUCUGCGGGCUGAGAUGCUGCCCUCCUACAUCCCCAUCCGCGUGGCUGAGAAGAUCCUCUUCGUGGGGGAGUCCGUCCAGAUGUUUGAGAACCACAACCACAGCCCGUCCAGAGCUGGCUCUAUACUGAAGCACCAGGAGGACAUGUUUGCUACAGAGCUGCACCGUCUCAAACAGCAGCCCCUCUUCAGCCUAGUGGACUUUGAGAACCUCAUAGACGGCAUCCGCAGCACCGUGGCAGAGCACCUGUGGACAUUGAUGGUGGAGGAAUCCGAUCUCCUGGGGCAACUUAAGAUCAUAAAGGACUUUUACCUGUUGGGCCGUGGCGAGCUGUACCAGGUGUUCAUUGACCACGCUCAGCACAUGCUCAAGACCCCGCCCACGGCUGUCACUGAACACGACGUAAAUGUGGCCUUUCAGCAGGCUGCUCACAAGGUGUUGUUGGACGACGACAACCUCCUGCCUCUCCUGCACCUCACCAUCGACUACCAGGGGAAGGAGAGCAAAGAUGCCACAGGGACCAGGGAAGGGGCCACUCCCCCACAGGAGUCCUCCCCCAGGGAGGUGCCCCCUACGGGCUGGGCUGCUCUGGGCUUGGCCUACAAGGUCCAGUGGCCCCUGCACAUCCUCUUCACCCCUGCCGUUCUGGAGAAGUAUAAUGUAAUAUUCCGCUACCUGCUGAGUGUGCGGCGGGUGCAGUCUGAGCUGCAGCACUGCUGGGCUCUACAGAUGCAGAGGAAACACCUCAAAUCCAACCAGACAGACGCUGUCAAGUGGAGGCUACGCAACCACAUGGCUUUCCUGGUGGACAACCUGCAGUACUACCUACAGGUGGACGUGCUGGAGUCUCAGUUCUCUCAGCUGCUGCAGCAGAUCAACUCCACCAGAGACUUUGAGAGCAUCCGGCUGGCCCACGACCACUUCCUUAGCAACCUGCUAGCACAGUCCUUCAUCCUGCUCAAGCCGGUGUUCCACUGUCUGAAUGAGAUCCUGGAGCUGUGUCAUAACUUCUGCUCGUUGGUCAGCCAGAACGUGGCUCCGCUGGAUGAGAGAGGAACAGCCCAACUGGACAUCUUGGUCAAGGGUUUCAGUCGUCAGUCCUUCCUGCUCUUCAAGAUCCUGUCCAGUGUCAGAAACCACCAGAUCAACUCUGACCUGGCUCAGCUGCUGCUCAGGCUGGACUACAACAAGUACUAUACCCAGUCAGGAGGCACCCUGGGCAGUUUCUGAUUGGGAGAGAAAAUGGAGGAUUUCCAGAUGAGAUCUUGAGCCACAAGCAUUCCAGACCAUUUAUCUUCAAGUCAGAUGAAGGACUUGAAGAUCAGUAUGUUGUUGCAUAACCCCAUUGUGUCCUGAAAUGUCUUUGAUACUCUCGUUUCAAUUAAUAUUCCAUAUUGUCCUGUGCUUGUAUGGUUCCUCUAGCCUGGUCCCAGAUCUGUUUGCGUUGUAUGAUCAUGUAGGAGUUGGCUAUACAGCACAAACAGAUUUGAGAACCGGUUGUUUCCAU